AUGACAGACAUCAACGAAUGCGAUCACGUGCUAUUCACAGACGGCAAAAACCAUUCGAUAGCAGAAGUAAGAUCACAACUGAUCGAGUUAGAAAAUCACGAAGCUUUGAUGAAACUUCCGGCGAUAAUAUUCAUAGGUGUUCUUCUUCUCGUUGGAUUAGUGGGAAAUUUCCUUGUCUGCAUCGUUUAUCAUUUGAAAUUCCCGCCAAGCACAUCGAAAUAUUUCAUCAUGGCGCUAGCUGUGUUCGAUUUGUUGAACUGUACCAUAGCCAUUCCAGCAGAAAUGGUGGAUCUGCGAUUCGACUUUCAUUUCAAUUCGCCGUAUGUGUGUCGUAUUAUGCGAUUUACGAUAAGUUUCAGCACUGCUGCGUCUGCAUGCACGUUAUUAGCCAUAGCAACGGACAGAUAUAGAAAAAUAUGUCAUCCAUUCGGGCGGCAAAUGAAUUCCAAACAAACAAAAUUGGGGAUAAUUCUUGCUAUAAUUGGAGCUUUAGCCGUUUCGUGGCCAGCAACAAUUUUGUACGGUCGCAGCACUAGCAUUAUGGAGGGCCUCCGCGUUGCAGAUUGUGCGUUCGAUGACGAUAUGAUAAACACACCGUACCCGCAAAUCUACAUCUCCGUAUUAACUGCCAUGUGUUUGACCAGUGUGCUGACCCUAAUCGUACUUUACACGUUGAUAGUGAUGCGAGUGUGGAAGCAAAAGAGAGCUCGGGGUAGGUUCCAGUCACCAGUAUCGAACGGACCACAAGAACCACGAUGUUCAAACUUCAGGUUUAAUUGUUUCGAAGGACUGGAAAAUCGAAGCGAAAGUGUUGAAAGCGACAUUUUUAGUGCGACACAAGAUCAAAAUGACUCCACAGAGAAACGGAAAACGCAUUCGUACAGUGUCCGGACCACGGUAAUGCUGGCCUUAGUAACAGCAGUGUUUAUUCUCAGCUUCAUUCCAUUUUUCGUUUUACAAAUUUUGAAAAACGCGAUUCCAAAUUUUGAGAGGAACCUACAUUGUAAUCAUCCAGCGAUGGUUUCGUACAAAUUUUUCCUCCGAUCAAUAUUCCUUAACAGUGCAGCAAAUCCGAUUAUAUAUUCGUUUUGUAAUCGACAAUUCCGAACAGAGUGCAGGGACUUUUUGGGGCGAGUUUGCUGUUCCCGACCAUCGGACUGCUCCAGACCGUCAUCCUCUGACGAACCGAUUGAAAUACCAGAAGCUGAAAAGGCUGAUCCUAAAGUAUUAUGA